CUGCAGCAUAGCGAGCGCGCCUUGUGUAAUGCCCGGCGCACCGGACGGUGUGAGCCCUUCCGCGCUCCGUACUCACAGGCUGGCGGUUAGCCGAGCGCUAGCUUCGUGUAACGUCAUUUCUCGCAAGGUAACUAAUACGUAAGCACACCUGUGAUAGCUAGAUUUCUUCGUGUGGGUCACGGAAGAGCUGAAUAAAACCAGUAUGUUUGGAGCGGUGGUGGUUGGCAUUGGCACAGCAGGUUGGGUGAGGAUUAGAGACAUGUUAGCUCCACUGCCUGGCAGUCCUGCAGAGAAACUCACUGUCAGAGGAUUCAUAUCCAGGAGAAGCCUGGACACUCUGGAAGUGAGUCAGAUCUCUGUAGAAGAGGCCGUGAGCAGAGAAGACAUUCAUGUGGCAUUCAUCUGCACUGAGAAUGUGUUGCAUGAGGACAACAUCAGAACUUUUCUGCAGGCAGGGAAGCACGUCUGUGUCGAGUAUCCCAUGACCAUGAGCUACAAGGCUGCUGUGGAGCUCUGGGAUUUUGCCCAGGAAAAAGGAGUGAUUCUCCAUGAGGAACACAUCGAGCUGCUGACAGAAGACUACAAAGAACUGAAGAGAGAGGUGGAGGGGAAAAUCCUGCAGGAAGGCACUCUUCAUUUCACUGGUGGAGCUCUGAAGCCUGGAUUUGGUUUCCCAGCAUUCAGUGGCAUUGCUCGCCUCACCUGGUUGGUUGAGUUGUUCGGUAAGCUGUCAGUAACUGCAGCGACCAUAGAGGAGGACUCUGGUAACAACUACAGCAAGAUGACUGCAAAGCUGCUAACUUCUGACAACAGACCUCUGACGUGGAUUGAGGAACGGGGACUGGGCCUCCCUAGGGCCAAGAAAAUCAACUUUCAGUUUGACUCCUGCACCCUGACCCAGAUCCCUCCUGCACCCACAGGGGCUGUGGGCCUCUUCAUGCAGGACCUGAUCCACUUCUCUGCCAAGCUGGCGGGCCAAGUCAGUCCAGAGGAGCUCCAGAGAGAGAAAAUCCGGAUCCUACACUGCUUGAAACUGGCAGAGAGGAUACAAGAACUUUGCCAAAGUUAAAUGGGGACUCUCCAGUUUAUGAUAAUCAUAAAUCUUGAUCUUAUGAUUUUUUUUUUCAUUACCAUGCCUUAAGAUUUUUUUAUUGAGUUGUAACAACACAUUCUAACAUGAUCAGUACAUAUGCAGACAUGCCUGCCUGAAAGUAGAAUAUUGUGACUACUGGAAAUAUCAUACUGUAGUUACUCUAGCAUCAUUUGUGUUGUAAAAUAAUUACUUCUUUUUUUAAUAAGGAACCCUGACUACAACAACAGGACAGCCAUUGGGACUAAGAUGUUCUUUAAAUCUUUUAUUUAUUGAAAGGCUCAGAUUUCCAUGUCAUGGAAAACCUGGAAAAGUCAUGGAAUUUCAAAAUCUAGUUUUCCAGGCCUGGAAAAGUCAUGGAAUUAGUAAAAUCUUUCAAAGUUUUGGAAAAUUCAUGGAAUUGUGUUGUGUGUAAUGAAUUGUAUUGUUACAGUAAUCUUCCGUGGAUAACCUUCCACGUAAUGUAACAUAACGGCAAAUCUAUUUUCUGUAGCUGUUGAUGUAACGUAGCUCUAAUAUGCGUCGAUGGGUGACAAUGUUUUGUUUACUAUAACGUACGUUUCUUCAUUUUCCGUCACUCCCUCCAUGUAUGCCAGCUAGCUGAAAUUAUCUGUUCGAACAGAGUUUGAAUCUGAUAUGUUUGAAUAAUGCUGGGCAAGUGUAAUUUAAUAUUUCAUGGUUAACGACCGAUACAAACUUCAGUUAGAAACCAAACAAGAGAAUGACCAACGUGCGAGAUGUAAGCUUUUCAAAAAGAGCUUCGAUAUUAGCAAUAUGGUGGAGGCAGCCCUCCCGAGUCAUGCUAAGGGAACAAAGUGAGGAGUGAUGGACAGCUAAGGUGACGUUAGCUAGCUAGCUAAUUUUACAAUAUCAUUACAUGCGAUGUCCAUCUUAGUCCAUGGACCACACCUGGAAAUUUCACGUAUCGGUACCAUCUAAGGUGGCAAAGGUUCAAUGGUCCUAUGUUGUUAAUAUAUGAUAGAUCUGUCAAAAGACUAGCUAAAUAUAUUUUAUAAGCCUUAAUAGAUCGGCUCUUGUAUGGAUGUAAUGUAACUUGCCCCUCCCUCAUUACCACCAUUGAGGUGCCCUUGAGCAAGGCCCUUAACCCCAACUGCUCCAGUGGAGCUGCUCAGUCGCCAGCAGAUGUGUUGUGAGCAGUUUCAUGUAGGCACUAUUUUCUUUCUACCAAUAGUUCCUACAUGAAACUGCUCACAACAAACCUGUGGAUUAUCUUGAGUAACCGGGUCAGGAUUUCUGGAAAGAGACGUUGCUGUUGAGUUUUUCAAAUGUAUUUUUUUGGAGUGCCAUAUAGUUCCAUGAAAUUUAAAAAUGCAGACAUCUCUAUGGCCAAUAUCUCCAAACCUUGGCAACUCACACCGAAACAAUGUAGAUGGAUAAAUAGCACUACAGGUAAGAGGAAAAUAUGUAUUUUUGAUUUUUGGGGUGAACUGUUGGAAUUUUUGCUGCUUGUUUUGACAUUAACUAGCCUAUCCUCCAUUCAAUAUGUUGGAUACAAUAGCAAAUGAUAGACCAGAUAAAUUAACAAGGCAGCUGGCUAUUUUGCAAUCACUAACUAAUGUUAGUAAAAACAAACCUUAACACUAAUUAUUUGAGUGCUCUCUUAUAUUGGUCAAUAUUACAUUUGGAGACACUGAUCCUAAAUCAGUAAUUAAAUGCAACUUUUGCUUCGAGUUUAUUCCAAUGCAUUCUUAUUAAUUAUACUGCAGGGGAGAACAGGCUAAGAUGAACACCUGGUUCAUCAGCACCUUGAGUACCUGGUGGGGCUGCCCUUUGUUAAUUUUCUUUGUAAAUGUGAGCAUAUAUGUAAAGGUACAUUUGCACUUAAUAAAUUAAUACUUUGUACUUCA